CGGCAAAGUGUUCAACUUCACAAAAUACAUAACUGAUAACUAUUGUUUUCUUUAUAUGUUACGUUAUGUAAAUGAUAAUAACCAUUCUCGUCCCCAUAGGUCCUUGAGAUUAAAACCUAGAGCCCUGGGGUCGGGAAUGGAUUAUGACAACAGGUUGAGAUGUAUUGUAUAUCUAUUUUUUAGAUUUAAUUUGAGUUGUUUACAUCCUGUCACCGCGCACCUAAAAAUCAUUGAAUAGAAUUGCUAAUAAAUUAGUUAAAAAAAACAGGUGGUUUGUACAGAUUCAAGCAUUCAGGAAAUUGUGAAAAACGUACUGUACAAUUCUUAAUUCAUCUCGCGUUAGAUACUAAAAUUACUGAAUAAAGAAAAUAAUUCAAAAGUUCGUAAAUAUUUGAAAGUUAGCGAGAAAUAAAUUACAAAUUGAAAAAAGACAGAAUCAAAAAGGACGGAAGCAAAAGGAAAGAUUUGUCAACAAUCAUGUCUUGUGUUUUCUUGGUUUUGAUGCUGGCAAACCAAUAUGUUUUUAGUGAAGCAUCAACUUGCGAAUCAAAAUACAAAUGUAAAGAGUCAAAAACAUCCGCUGCAUUUGCUUACAUCAGCAUGAAUAAACUCAACAAUACAAAGUUAAAUGGAACCGUACUAUCAACACAUUAUGUUGAAAAUACAACCAGAUGUAAUAAACUGUGCGCAAUGCAUGAUGGGUGUUUUUCAACCAAUGUUGGCCCAAACAAUGCUUCAACAUUUGCAUGUGAGUUACUUGGUGAAGACAGACGCACGAAUGCUGACUUAGUUGUCAAUGCAACUGGAUGGUCGCUUUUCACGACAGCGUGUAGAUGUGACGACAAGCCAUGUAAACCAAACAUUGAAAAGUGUUUUCCACAUUAUCGAAAUGAUUCUUACAAAUGUGUACUUUCAGAUCCAUAUUACCUCCCGUUAAUGAAUUUCACAUUUGAUGAAAGUUUUGAAUGCUCUGGUUGUGAAGCAAACUAUCGGGAUCAGACAGCGUCUAAGCGAAUAAACGUCCCCGAUCGAACCACAAGGGUAUUGUACCUCCCUCAAACUUUUGAUGAAGGAGAUGGAGGUGUCUUAUCUGCAGAAGGAUGCCUAAAGAACCUUUCAUCAGCAUUUCCUGGAAAUUGUGACAGCGAUGGUUUGGUAUUUUCAUUCUGGUACAGAACGUUUAUGCGCUUCUUUGGAAAUGAGGUUAUCUAUAUCUUACAAUCAUUUGGCGAUGGUUAUGCAAUCACUUUAAACAAUCGAAAUGUUGAAACCAAAACUGGCGAAUGAAAGUUUGUUUAUCGAACAGAAAACUAUAAUUAUAUUCUUGAAGGCUAUCACGGUUCGGAUGCAUCUGAGUGGGUUCAUGUACUUCUCAAGUUUGACAUUGCUAAUGAUUUGUUUUCUGUUUUUAUUAAUGGUGUCCAUGCAGGUGAUGGAGAAAAGCAUUCAAGGACAUCACGUACUAUCACAUACACUCAGCUCAAGAUGGCUUGGAAAUACAACAGUGGGAAAAAAUUUUGUGCUAUGUUUGAUGAUGUGGUUUAUUACAAUCGUUUACUCUCAAAUGAAGAAAUUCAUAAUCUAUACGAAGAGCAAUCAAAACAUUAAUUAACGACAUAAGGUGCCGGCAUAAACACAAGUUGUCGACAUAAGAUGUCGACAUAAAUACAAGUUGCCGACAUGAGGUGCCAGCAUAAACAAAAAUUGCCGAUUGAAUUAUGCGAGAGAAUGUUGGAGUUGACAGCAGAUUUUUUUGAAUUAUUGAUUUGCUAAAUGUUUAUUGAUUUAUUAAUUUUGUUUCACAGCGCGUUCUCCACCAUUCUCUAGCUUCUUUGCGAAUCGUUAAUUUCUCAAACUGAAGAGAGUCUUCAUUCAUAGCAUAUUGAAAAAGAACAGGAAUAUCUUUUGGCUUCUACUGUAUUUUUAAUGUUGUUGGCACCGGCUUAGAAAGUUCUCUUACGGUUAAUCGAGCAUUGCAGUUAUUCAAUUUGUUCAAAUCCAGAAUGGCGCGUUUAUUCAAAGCGACUUUUUUAAUGGCACGCUGUAAAACGAGUAACCACACUUAGUGCACUAUUUUUCAAAUGUUUACUUAACAACACCAAUGUUUUAAUAGUUUUUUUGACAACAAUUAAAUUUGACUAUAAUAUCAUUUUUAUCCUUCUCUUCGAGCUCCCUAUGAAAUGGUACCAAGUAAUUAUUUGAUAAAUUCAAUUAUAAAUUUUACCAACCUGCUCUAAAAAUA